AUUUUGAGCUCUCUCUAACAAGAGGCAUACCAUCAGUAUCUUUCUUCAGUUUGGGACUGUACAGGAAUCUUUCUCAUCAGAGGGGAGUCAUAUAUACAUAUAAACACACACAUAGAUCUACAUCUAUACACACACAGAGAGAUUUAUAUCUCUACAUACAGUAUACAUACAUAUAUGUAUGUAUUGACCAACUUCAGAAACUGGCCAGACUCUCUCUCCCUUUCUCUCUUUUUUGGAAAGGACAAAAGUGUCCCAGCUGCGGAAAAACUUGGAAGAAUUAUUUUGACCUUAGUGUGUGUCUUUAUUUUUUCUGCAGAAGGCUUCUCUUGUGCAAAGGUAUACAAAUGCUCUCUGUCCAGCCAGACACCAAACCGAAAGGUUGUGCUGGCUGCAACCGUAAGAUCAAAGACAGGUAUCUCCUAAAAGCCCUGGACAAAUACUGGCAUGAAGACUGCCUGAAGUGUGCCUGCUGCGACUGUCGCUUGGGGGAGGUCGGCUCAACCUUGUACACCAAAGCCAACCUUAUCCUGUGUCGCAGAGACUACCUGAGGUUAUUUGGUGUUACAGGAAACUGUGCAGCCUGCAGCAAACUCAUCCCUGCUUUUGAAAUGGUGAUGAGAGCCAAGGACAAUGUUUACCACCUGGACUGCUUUGCAUGUCAACUUUGUAAUCAGAGAUUUUGUGUGGGAGACAAAUUUUUCCUAAAGAACAACAUGAUUCUGUGCCAGACGGACUAUGAGGAGGGUUUAAUGAAAGAAGGGUAUGCACCCCAAGUUCGCUGAUCUGAUGCAUCACUCCUAAGAAUAUUGAAGCACUACAGUCUUAUCUUUUCUGUUCUUUUCUUUCUGUUCAACAUGUAUAUAAGAAAUAAUGGCGGAACCUACUGAAUAGCGUAGAUAUAGGGAGACAGGAUGGUCAUGUGGAAUAAAAGGCGGACUGCAAAUAUAUGUAGUGGAAAUUGCACCAGUUCACAGUUGAAUGUUUAUUAAAAGAUAAUGUACAUACUGCUGAAAGGGUUUGGGGUUUGUUUUUGGUUUUUGGCUUGCUGUUUUGGGUUUCUCUUUUCUUUUUGUGUCAUUUGGCAUGAGAUGCUUAUUUUGGACUAAUGUAUAUAAUGCAUUGUUAUAUUUGAAGCACAAAUGUAAUACAGUUUUAUUGUGUUA